AUGGAAGAGUAUAUACUACUUAAAGCAAACGGUAACAAGCGAACCCGAGAGGAUUCGGGUUUGGACUCAGUGUUCGAGUCGAAGCGAGUCCAUAUUGAGGCAACUGCAGGUUCGAGCUCGGUUGAGUUGAACCGAGUUGAACUGGAAUUAGAGGUGAAUUCUUAUGACUCGUCCAAGUCGAAUCAGGAAGGUCAUGUCAGUUCGCCGGAUUUUGAUGAAUAUGAUACAGACGUAGACGUAGAUUCGCCGGAGGCUAAGCAGAUUAGAGAAGAUAUUCUGGAUAUACUUGAUGAGCCAGAAACAGUGGGCGAUGGUGUACCAGAAAAUCAGGACCUUGACUCUGUAAUCAAGAGUUUUGAAGAAGAGAUCCUUCAUCGUUCAACUCUGCCAUCUCCUCAUAUCUUAAUUGACCUAACGUUGUCAGAUUCCGGCGAAUCUCAAUCGGAUCUCGGCUACCUUCUAGAAGCUUCGGACGAUGAGCUUGGCCUCCCGCCCAGCUUUUCCCCCGAAAACCAUAUUGAUUCCGAAUCGAGAUUGGAAAAUACGAUUGGAUUUGAAAACGAAUUACUGAGAUAUGACUCAUUCGACUUGGGGAUGCUUGCCGGGAUCAUGGACGGAGAUAAUUACGGCAGUGAAAAUGACGGUGAUUUUGUCACAGUGGGCGGAUUAUUCGAUUAUGCAGAUCCGUCAAAUUUUUUAGAGUUGUCACUGCUGCCGGAGUCCCUACCGGCUUUGUAGACAUAGGUGUGUCGCGGCGGCCUGUUUCACCUUUCCGGUCGAAAUCUAAUAGCUUUAGAAUAUUAGUUUGCUGUUUGUACAUUUUAAAAAGAUUGAAAAAGGAAUAACGAUGCUAAAUAUUAGUAUAAGUUGCUA